AUGCAGCUUCAAGAUAGGCUGAGGUUCCAGGUUCUACGCCCCACGUCAGUGUCGGUUAGCUCCGUUUGUUGGUGCUCACAAGCCUUAGCGAUCAUGGCAGCGGUGGUGGCUCUGUGCCGGAAGGCGAUGGAGACCGUGAAGACUAAGGAGUUCCGAGAUUACCUGACCAGCACUCACUUCUGGGGUCCAGUGGCCAACUGGGGCCUCCCGCUGGCUGCCUUCAGGGACAUGAGGGCAUCACCAGACAUCAUCAGUGGCCGCAUGACGACUGCGCUCAUCUUCUACUCGAUGGCCUUUAUGCGCUUCGCCUACCGUGUACAGCCUCGCAAUUUGCUGCUGAUGGCAUGUCACGGCACCAACAUGGUGGCACAGAGUAUUCAGGCGGCCCGCUACCUGAAUUACCACUAUGGCGGUGGCACCCCGGCAACCACCACUGCUGCUGUCUCUGCCACCUCUACCGGCUCUGUGGAUUCUUCUGCAGCUACCACCCCUGCAGCUGAAGACCCUAUGGCUGACAGCAACUGCCCGGAGAUCACCUGCUGUUAUCUAGUGACCUGGGACCGUGAUUGA